CCAUCCUGUCCAGCCAUCCCACGGUCUGAGUAAACGGUGGGGAUGGAGCGCGCACUCAGCGCCCCAAGCCCUCCUCUCAAAGUGGUACAGCACGAACCCAUCAGCUUCGGCAUCGACCAGAUACUUAGUAGCGGUGCUGACUCAGAGAGCGGCCGGACCAGCAGUGGAGACGGUUACCUUUUGGGGAGCCCGACCGGAGGGAGCGCAGCGUCCUAUACCGCGCUGUCCAUCUCCCUCUCGGGUAUGGUACCACAGUUAGAGGAUCCUGGUUUGUACGGAGUGAAGCGCAGCCUGGGCAGCAGAGGAGUGAUCCGGGUGCCCGCUCACAGACCGUUGACGGUCGAGGGAUCGCCGCAUGUGGGGAGCGCUGUGCCCGGGUAUGGAGGCCUGUGUUUCCCGUUGGUCGGUUAUAGGUUCGCCAAGGACAGGUUAUCAGAGGACAGAAUACCCAUCACUCAUCCACCGUGUGAACUCAUCCUCCAGUCUGCUGUUCUGCUCCCUCCUUCAGCUCUCGUGCCAUUCACGGUGACCCGGCGGAUAGGUCAUCCAUACCAGAACCGCACACCGCCCAAACGGAAAAAGCCUCGGACAUCCUUCUCCCGUGUGCAGAUUUGUGAGUUGGAGAAGCGCUUCCACCGGCAGAAGUACCUCGCGAGCGCGGAGCGGGCCACCCUCGCCAAGAGCCUGAAGAUGACAGACGCGCAGGUCAAGACCUGGUUCCAGAACCGCAGGACCAAGUGGAGGAGACAAACAGCAGAGGAGCGGGAGGCUGAGCGUCAACAGGCCAAUCGGCUGAUCCUACAGCUGCAGGCAGACGCCCUCCACAAGUCCUUUAACGAAUCAGCAGGCUUUGACCCGCUGUGCUCACAUAACUCCUCCUUGUAUGCCCUGCAGAACCUCCAGCCCUGGGCCGAGGAGAGGGAGUAGGAGGAACCUGCAACCCUGGGCCGAGGAAAGGGAGUAGGAGGAACCUGCAGCCCUGGGCCGAGGAGAGGGAGUAGGAGGAACCUGCAGCCCUGGGCCGAGGAGAGGGAGUAGGAGGAACCUGCAGCCCUGGGCCGAGGAGAGGGAGUAGGAGGAACCUGCAGCCCUGGGCCGAGGAGAGGGAGUAGGAGGAACCUGCAGCCCUGGGCCGAGGAGAGGGAGUAGGAGGAACCUGCAGCCCUGGGCCGAGGAGAGGGAGUAGGAGGAACCUGCAGCCCUGGGCCGAGGAGAGGGAGUAAGUCUCCCGUAACCACUGAUCCAGGGUCACAUAUUUGUCCAUCCUUCCCAACUGUUAAGAUGAGGAAUUGAAUGAUUUGACCCUAGCUCAGUUGGUAGUGGCAAAGUGGAGAUUAUGGACAGUGUGUGAUGCCACCUUUGAGACUGUGUGGAGACAAGGUGCCGGAUAGCCCUAAUACUACACCCAACCCCUCAUCCUUAGACCUAGAUAGGGCUCAAUCUAUCUACACUAGCCAAGCACCCUUCCAGGUGUUUUGACCCAUAUCUGGCCUUAUGUUAUAUCCCACACUGUGGCCGGGUUCGAGAGCGUCAAAUCCAUGGUGCAUUGUGGGUAAAUGGUUACUGACUGACUGAUCUACAUAUAAGAAUGAGUAGUUAUUUAUGAUGCAAGGUGAUUUGUAGAUCAGUCAGCACUGUCGGCAGCAACGUGGAACAAGCUCUAUGGUUAAAGACAGAUUGUAGACUCAAGUGACAGGGAACUGAGGGAAGGACAGGAGGAGCCACGUGUGAGAGGUAGAGGGGUAUAGAAGAGAGGGAGGAAGUGGAGUGGUGGAAGAAUGAUGCAUGUAAUGUCAGUAAAGUGUGAAACUAAAACAUCCUCAAAUGUUCCAUUUGUGACUCAUUUCCUAUGAGGAUGUGGGUGUAAAUGUAUCGUCAUUUGUACUUGGGAUGUAGAUAUGUAAAUACCGAUAUACACUCUUCACUUGAGAACCCUUCAUUUGUUGCCUGUGGUGUUACAGACACGGAUGGAAAGCUUUGUUUUACUCAAAGAAGACACAUCAAACGUCACCAUUGUUUUCGGAGAAGUUUGUUAAAUAUCAUUUUGUACCACAUUUGAAUACACUGAUGUUUUCUGUGAGAUAACUGUGAGGAAAGGGAUUUUGUAUUUUCUUGUCAGUAAGUCUUCACAUUGUUUAGGCUAUUUUCAUCUCUCAUGGCUUUAUUCCUGUAUUCUCAGUGACAAGGUCUCUUUCUCUCUCUCUCUCUUUGGUCACAGUGAGUGGUUGGGUAUUGUCUUGAGAGUUGUUACUGUACAGUUGUAAUAUCCCACAUAAGAAUACACUUCAAAAUGGGACUUGCAAUAACUUCCUACCACUGUAUAUGUCUAUGAUAGGCCACAUAACAUCCAAUCCAGGAUCUGUGGGCGGGAUGUCGUCUGGCCAUGACUUAGAUUGACAGACAAAGAGACCAACCACGACACAGAUGAAAAGAGCUCAUUGCAGACAGAAAGAUAGAAGCCAAAAACACUAUGACACAAGUCACCACAACACCAAAAAUAUUGAAUAACACUAACACACAUUCUGUAGGAGUUCUGCAUUUAGCAGGGUUAGGACUGACUUGGUUCAAAUGUAUUUUUCUUAAAGGUCAAAUACCGAUCAGAUGAAUUUUACAGAUGGAAAUGUAUGGAUUGUGUAUUUGUUAUUUGGUAGUCGAUUGAGGACUCAAUCCAAGGUAUGUGUGUAUGCCUUAAUCUUUGUGUGUGUUUGUCAGUAGGUACACUAACAGGUGUGAUAUACACUCUCAGAGAGAUCAGUAACCAUAACAACAUCAA